AUGGUACAUCCUAUUCAAUUAGUACAAGGUGCAGACUUCAAAAUCAACUUGGAAACUGAUCAUAUUAUAUUACAUGGUUCAGUGGAAGAAUCGGGUGGUGUCAUGUUACGAGGGUCUGUUGUUUUGGAUUGUCAUGAAAACACCAAAAUUAAGUCUAUUACUUUGAAGAUUAUUGGCAAGAUUAAAGUGAACUGGAUAGAAGGCACUGGAUCUCAUCAAAGGUUAUACAAAGAAGAACAAACGAUAUUGGAACACGAAUGGAGUUUUAUGCCACAAACACGUAAAACUUAUCAUUUAUCUGAACAUCAUUAUCAAUGGGAUUUUGAACUACCGUUACCAGGUGAUUUACCAGAAACCAUUCAUCAUGACUUAGGAGAGGUGUAUUAUCGACUUAAAGCUGUAGCAGAACGACCAACAUUCUCUAUCAAUUAUACUGACAAACGUUCACUCAAAGUAUCUCGACUUAUGUUACCUACUUCCAUGGAACUUAUGCAAUCUGUAUUGAUCUCCAAUGUAUGGGCUGACAAACUCAGUUACGACAUUAGUGUGCCAAGUAAAUGUUAUACAAUGGGUGGUAUGUUACCAAUCACUUUCCAAUUUAUCCCUAUUGCUCCUGAUCUCAAGAUUCGGUCCAUUACUUGUACUCUGAAGGAAUAUAUGACACUUUCUACAUGUGAUCAUAGCAAGACUGAAACUCGUAUUGUUAAAGUACACCGUGAUGAUAACUAUCAAGAUACUGCAGAACAUGAAGGUGAAAUUUAUCGCAAGACUGAAAUUAUGGUUAUUCCUGAUGAAGCCUCCAACCAUUUGAUGAUGGAUACCGUCAAUGAUUUGAUCAAGGUAAAACAUAAGCUCAAGUUUACAGUGACAUUGGUGAAUGCAGAUGGUCAUAUAUCAGAAUUACGCGCAGCCAUACCAAUCAUCAUAGCAGCCAUUUCCGCAGAAGAAGACGCGAAUGCAUUACCAGCUUAUGAAGAUGCUUGGCGAACUGCUCCUUAUGAUCCUGCUACCAUUUCCCAACUGAUUGCUUCUGGUCAAUUACCUCCUUCUCUUGCUGUUUCGAUCCCAAAUGCAGCCGCAAGUAUGGCUCAUUCUUCACUUUCAAGUGGUGAUGAAAACAAUACUAGCGGCUUACCAUCUCCAUCAUCAUCACCAUCAUCUCCUACGGCGGCAACAACAACGGAUGUCGAUUCUCCUUUACCAUGGCAAGGCAUUGAUCUCUCACGUGUUCCGUCUUACACUACAGCAGUUAGAUCCAAUCGAUUGUACAGUUUUUCCGGUUCAUUACCGACUUAUGAAUCCGUAUCUAUGCCUGGUAGAACAACGACAAGAUGA